AUGUCCUCAGCUCCAGAAAAUCGACAACAUUCUCUUCGGUCUGCCUGCGAGCGCUGUAGGCUGCACAAACUCAGAUGCACCGUACCACCGCAGCAAGAUCCCCAACUACCUGCGCAAUGUACUCGAUGCACACGUGCAAAGGCAAAGUGCGAUUUUAAGCACAGAGCUCCGCCAAAGCACCGAACCUCUGCAAUUGACCGACCAUUUGCGUGCGACUCUACAAAGCCAGCGGCAGCAACGAUGCAAUCGGACUCGAUGAGCUACAUGAGCUCGCGUCGUGUAGAGUUGCCUCCAUCAGCCCACUCAUUCAAAACCUCAAGUGUCUGGGAGACCUUGUUGGAUAAGACGACACCACAGGAGCCAAGGGCUGACUUUAACAGCCUUUUCCGUCCAGCUGUGCUGUUUGACCUGCAAAGUAUAAACCAGGAUGAGGUUGACCUUUCUGCCUCUGCAUUAUCCACCACAGAGCUGGAUUUCUAA